UGGACUGCUCACGCUACAGUACAAGCAGCCCUCUAUGGAACGUGGGCGGAGAAAUUGAUAAUAAAGCAUUCUUCCGGAACGCGAACUCCCACAGAAGAGGAGAAGCACACUUUCACUUUCUUGAGUCUAGACAUAUUGAUUGAUCAAUUUUCGACUGGAAAGCUUUGUUCACAAUGGCUCCCUCCGUCUCCCCAGCGCCCUACGCCGACCCUGCUUGGCUCUCGCGCGACGUGAGCCCCUACUACACCGCGAGCCACCGACGCCUCCAAGCCGAAGCGCGCGAAUACGUCUCCACGCACAUCACGCCGUUCUGCGAGGACUGGGAGCGGCAGGGCUCCGUGCCCAAGGAUGUCAUCCUCACCCACGCGCGGCUGGGAUACAUGGCUGUCUCGAUAUACCCGCUUGCCGUCGCGCAGAUCAAGGCUCUGGGCCAGAGGCUGCCGGGAGACAUCGACCCGGAAGAGUGGGAUGGGUUCCACGACCUGAUUGUGAUCGACGAGAUUGCCCGGUGUGGCUACCUGGGUGUCAUCUGGGCGUUGAGCUGCGGUAAUUCCAUCGGCGCCCCGCCUCUCAUAAAUUUCGGAAACGAGGAGCAAAAGGCGAGAUUCUUGCCGGACGUGAUCGCCGGGAGAUCGCGAUUCUGUCUGGGAGUCACCGAGCCAGAUGCUGGAUCAGAUGUGGCGGGCAUCACGACGACGGCCGAGCGGCGCGGAGACGUCUAUAUCGUGAAUGGCGCGAAGAAAUGGAUCACCAAUGCCAUAUUUGCCGACUACUGCACCGCCGCGGUACGCACAGGUGGACCAGGCCGCGCGGGAGUCUCUGCCCUGAUAAUACCGCUCAAUUCUCCCGGCGUGAAAUGCAGCAAGAUCGAAAACUCGGGUGUCAACGCCAGCGGCUCCACGUAUAUCGAGUUUGACGAUGUCGCGGUACCUGUGACAAAUCUCCUGGGCGCAGAAAACCGUGGUUUCGACAUCAUCAUGUCAAACUUCAACCAUGAAAGACUCUGGCUGGCAUGUACAUCCCUUCGCAUGGCGCGCGUCUGCAUCGAAGACGCUUAUGCCCAUGCGCUCCGAAGAGAAACUUUCGGCAAGCCCCUGAUUGCGAACCAGGUCAUCUCGGCCAAGUUUGCCGACUUUGCCCGUGACGUCGAACCGGUAUAUGCGUAUCUAGAGUCGAUUGUGUACUUGACGGAGCACGAGCGAAAGAGAAAAACUCGAGGUCGCCCAGGAGGUGACCAGGCCGCAUCCCAUGGAGACCUCAAUCUUGGAGGGAUGAUUGCCACCCUGAAGACCGGCGCCGGGCGGGUUUUAGAGCGUGUCAACCGGGACGCGCAGCAAAUCAUGGGCGGAGCAGGUUAUUCACGCACUGGCAAGGGUGCCAGAAUCGAGCAGAUCAGUCGAGAUGUUCGAGUUAUGGUGGUGGGCGGAGGCAGCGAUGAGAUAUUGAGCGAUCUUGCCGUCAAGCUGGAGACAAAGGAGCUGCAAAGACUGACUCGUCCGUCGAGCAAGUUGUGACUUAUUGUGAAGCAAUCUGAAUAGUAUUGGAAAUCGUCAGUGAGAACCAGAAAGACAUAUGAACGCC